GCGUUACCGUGACUCGUUAGUAGGCUAUGCCAUCCUGCCACCCAACAACUUAUUAGCAAAUAGCUUCUGCUAGCUAGGGAAGCAGCUAUGAGGCCAUUGUCUUGUCGUGAUGGGAUACACGUACAAGUACCAGUAGUCCAUGCAUUGUCCUUCUUUGCAUGGCUCUGCUUGAACCAAUGUCACUCUGUGGUUGCCUUUGGGAAUGAAGCACCCCCCUCCCGUCGAACAGUGGUAGAACACCUCGUCUUUGGUGGAGGCGUCGGGGGUCUACUUUCUUUGGUAGGGAAUGAACCUGCUUUGGCAGCACGAGGGGCAUUUGAACUUGACAGUGAAUACUAUCUUCGGGAUUUGCUGGGUGGCAACAAGAAGGAAGGCUCCGUGCUGCCAUCAAAGCCGCCACCAACACCUCCACCCAGAACCUUGCAAGGGCCACUGGUUCCAUUGCUAUUGAACAACGACUAUCUACCAACAUGCAUCCCCGUACAAGUCCUCUGCGAGCAGGUGGCUAAACAACAACAGCAAAACGUUGCGGCCAAAUCCAUCGCCGAAAAGGCCACGGAUAUCCGAGCUAGAGCCAGCAGAAGCUUCUACAGUCGAGCCCCGUGGGAACGAGAAGAUGUCAUAGAUCAGUAUUACUUUGACUUGACGGCUUAUGCACUCUGGAAGACAGCUGCAGAAUGUCUUCCCAACUACGCCGAUCGAGAUGCUUUUGUCAGAAAUGUGGGCCGUCGUUUGUAUCAGCAACUAUGCAUACUCCAACCACUACAACUGACACUCUCGUCGUCGUCGUCAUCAUCAUCCGCCAAGAGCGUCGUCGCCUCGGAGGCGGCCGUCGUUGCCAUCUUGAACGCAUUCCGGUCGUCAAACUUUUGCAAAGGAUUUCGAAUUGCCACGGAUCAAUCGUUGGACAACAACAGUAACAAUGGCAAGAACAAUGCAAAUACCAAUGAACCCGUGUUUGACAGUUUGGAUGAUGAAGCUUUGGGCCUUGGAGCCACUGUGGCUUGCCUCGUAAGCAUAUACGAACCAGCUACGCUAGGAGCCAGUCUCCAGAUUACUGGAGAGCAGUCCAGGUUUGCACCGGACCUUAUCGGACCAACAUUGGCAGCUCUUUGGGAAGCGAUGGGCAUCAAAAGUUCCUGGGAAGUCUUCUUUGUGGACCCAGAGUACCGACCCAACCCCAAAGAUUACUAUCCAAAUGAAAAGCUACUCCAAUUCUCGUUGACUGUAUAUAGAUAAUACAUACAAUGUAUUGGACAAGAGCAUUUCACAACCAAUGCAAGAAAGGAUACUUAGUUGGUUACAAUGGCCCAUGGAGGUCUUUUACCAAUAAAGAGCCAAGUAAAUGGACCACAUUACGGUAAUACUGUAAAGGGAGAGAGGGAGCUAAGCUGGGCACAGUAGGCCGGUGGUUGGUGGAUGGCGCCACACACU